CCUUGAAACCAGUGAGCAUGCCAAAGCUCAGUAUUCAGGCCAUUGCCAAUGGUUAUGGUGGUGCUUGCCUUAAAGCUUAAACACAGUCAAAGAAGAACUGUUGAUUGGGAGCGGGAGACACUUCCAAGGUUUAUCAUCAUCAACGGCAUUCUGCCAGGAGCCAUCUCACCUUUAAUGCACCGCUUUGAAAAGACAAAUUGAGGCGAGAGAGAAAGGGGUACAGAGCACAGACUUGGCUCCAUUUCAGUAGGCAUUUGCCGCCAUUAACUGAAUCUGAGCCAGCCCAAAGAAAGGCUCUCCGCAGCUUUUCUAUCUCAUCGAUCGACCAUUUUAGCUGAAUUAUUGGCGCAAUCACAAGCAAGAACUCUGAACUCGAUGGAACUGGUAAAAAACAUUUUACUCUGCUUCACGAAACAAGACACCACAGCUCGUUAGAGAGCAGAGCCGUCAUCAGUUUCAGGCUUCAACAACGAUUCGCCCAGAACCGUCAUCAUUUCAGGUUUGGGUGCCAUGUUUUUACCCUGACGGAAUGCUAAUUACAGCGCUCGAGCUCAGUCGAAGGUGGGACGCGGAAGGUACAGGCCCAUGUGGGCCCAAAGUCAAAAGCAUAGAUAGCAAACCUCCACGCAGCCGGGGUCGCACCGGCCAUUUAUGAUCGUUUCGCGUCGGCAUCGACUAGGCCCAUCGGCGAUCGAGCGACGAGGCGCCGGGCGUCGCUGAUCGCCGCCGCCGCCUUGCCGUAGGCCGCUGACACGGCCGCCGCAUUGCCGGUCGCCGCUGAUCGCCGCAGCCGCCUUGCCGAACGCCGCUGAUCACAGCGCCUGGAUUGCCAUACGCCGCUGAUCGCCGCGGCCAACUUGCCGCACGCCCGCACCACCUCCGGAUUAUCCGUCAAGUGUCAGGCAGAAUAUAUUAGGCCCGGAGGCCCCGGUCUGCUUCCUUGUACCGGCUCUGGCUGCACACUUGUGCAUGCAUUGAAGACCAAGAAGGAAGAACCCAGACCAUCAAGCCAUGAAGAACGUCUGGGAACAAAACUUUGCUGUGAGUGCAAUCAGCAGAGAGCCCGUGGUAUCAAAGACUACGCAAAGGGGAGAGAAUGACAGGCUUGAGUAUGCUGUGUCGUCUAUGCAAGGUUACCGUGUAAACAUGGAGGAUGCUCAUGCAACCAUUGGAGAUCUGGAUGUUUCCACUGCCACAUCAUUCUUUGGUGUUUAUGAUGGCCAUGGAGGACCUGCUGUAUCAAUGUUCUGUGCGCGACAUCUUCAUGUUGAGGUUCGGAACCAUCCAGGGUUUAAAGACAAUCUGCCUACUGCAGUGGCGAGCGCUUUCGUCAGAAUGGAUCAGAUGAUGAUAACGGAGGAGGGACUGAGGGAGUUAUCUCGGUACGGUUUUCCUAGUAGGAAAUUAACUGUCAAGGAUAAGUUAAUGAGUUGUGCUUGUUUGAAAGUGAAGAAACACACCGGCCCAAUAGAUGUGGGAAGUACCGCCUGUGUGGCUCUCAUUAGAGGCGACCAGAUCAUUGUUGGGAAUGCUGGUGAUUGUCGUUGUGUGCUCUCACGGAAUGGUCAGGCAAUUAUUUUGACCACCGAUCACAAACCAAGUGUUCCGGCUGAAAAACAGAGAAUAGAGAAUGCUGGACGUUCCGUAACAGUUACUGGAGGUGCCAGUCGUAUUGAUAAUGGAAUUGCAGUCUCAAGAUCAAUCGGUGAUAUGAGGUACAAAACAAAUAGUCGGUUAACCCCUGCACAGCAAGCAUUGACUAGUUCUCCUGAAAUUCGCUUGGAAAAAAUUACCGAUGAUACUGAGUUUCUUGUCAUGGCAUGCGAUGGAGUCUGGGAUGUAGUGCUGAACCAGGGUUUGAUUGAAAUUAUACGCGGGAACAUGAAAUCUGGGAAGGACCUGGGGAAGAUAUGUGAGGCCAUUCUUGAUAUGUGCGUAGAGCCACCUCAACCAUCGGUGGAUAACAUGACCAUCCUACUGGUCCGGUUUAAGCACACCGCCCAAGCUCCUGCCAGGAGCAAGGCCAAGGAGCAGUCCGGCAACGAUGACGACCUGCACGGCAAGAGAAAGGGCAAAGCUGCCGCCGCCCCUCACCGCAGAAGCUUCUGAACCUGAGACACAAAUACUCAGAGUGGAGAAAAUUAACCUUGAUUUCUCUGCAUACUAGGAUGUGUCCGUAUGAGUUAGUAAUUUUGUCUUAUCAGGGACGGCUUGAGAGCCGGCUCAGCUCACCUGCUUUUCUUGUUCUAUUUUUGACUGGAGUACGGUCUUCCAUUCUUGUUUCAUAUACGGAGUACUUAUUUUGAAAUGCCAAAUUGCACACGCCUGAUGUGAAUUGCUUACGAAGCUGAUGAUAUACAUGCCCAUUGCUAUUGUUAUUUUA